GGGACCUGGGAGAACCUGAGCGCGCAGCGCCCGCGGACGCGGCCUUCAGACAAAAGAGGCCCCCCGGGGGGUGGGACCUGGCCCUCACCCCCUCGCCGCCGAGUCGCGGCCUCCCGCCGCCCGCCCCCUCAGCCCCUGCUCUCCGAGUGCGCAUGAGCAGAGGCGCCUCCCUCGGUUCCUCCCAAGGCUAAACUUUCUAAUUCCCUUCUUUGGGCUCGAGGGCUGCCAGGGGCUGGGAGAGCGCUCCAUCGCUGGAAAGGAAGACGGGAAGAAAGGGCAGGCGGCUCGGCGGGCGUCUUCUCCCUUCCUCUGCCGUGUCCCCGGGCUGCAGGGAGCGGACAUGGGGCUGCUCCAGGUGUUCGCUUUCAGUUUCUUAGCCCUGUGCGGAGCCCGAGCGCGCGCCCAAGAGCCCGAGUUUAGCUACGGCUGCGCCGAAGGCAGCUGCUACCCCGCCACGGGCGACCUUCUCAUCGGCCGAGCUCAGAGGCUUUCGGUGACCUCGACGUGCGGGCUGCACCAGCCGGAGCCCUACUGUAUCGUCAGUCACUUGCAGGAGGACAAAAAAUGCUUCAUAUGCGAUUCCCAAGAUCCUUAUCAUGAGACCCUCAAUCCUGACAGCCAUCUCAUUGAAAAUGUCGUCACUACAUUUGCUCCAAACCGCCUGAAGAUUUGGUGGCAAUCUGAAAAUGGUGUGGAAAAUGUAACUAUUCAACUGGAUUUGGAAGCGGAAUUCCAUUUUACUCAUCUCAUAAUGACUUUCAAGACAUUCCGUCCAGCUGCUAUGCUGAUAGAACGAUCGUCUGACUUUGGGAAAACCUGGGGUGUGUACAGAUACUUUGCCUAUGACUGUGAGAGCUCCUUUCCAGGCAUCUCAACUGGCCCCAUGAAAAAAGUUGAUGAUAUAAUUUGCGAUUCCCGAUAUUCUGACAUCGAACCCUCAACCGAAGGAGAGGUGAUAUUUCGUGCUUUAGAUCCUGCUUUCAAAAUAGAAGAUCCUUAUAGCCCGAGGAUACAGAAUUUAUUAAAAAUCACCAACUUGAGAAUCAGGUUUGUGAAACUGCACACUUUGGGAGAUAACCUUCUGGAUUCCAGAAUGGAAAUCAGGGAAAAGUACUAUUAUGCAGUUUAUGAUAUGGUGGUUCGAGGAAAUUGCUUUUGCUAUGGCCAUGCCAGUGAAUGUGCCCCUGUGGACGGAUUCGAUGAAGAGGUGGAAGGAAUGGUCCACGGGCACUGCAUGUGCAGGCAUAACACCAGGGGCUUGAACUGCGAGCUGUGCAUGGAUUUCUACCAUGAUUUACCUUGGAGACCAGCUGAAGGUCGAAACAGCAAUGCCUGUAAAAAGUGUAACUGCAAUGAACAUUCCAGCUCAUGCCACUUCGACAUGGCCGUUUACCUGGCCACGGGGAACAUCAGUGGAGGCGUGUGUGAUGAUUGUCAGCACAACACCAUGGGACGCAACUGUGAGCAGUGCAAACCGUUUUACUACCAGCACCCGGAGAGAGACAUCCGAGAUCCUAACCUCUGCGAACGAUGUACAUGUGACCCAGCUGGUUCUCAGAAUGAGGGGAUUUGUGAUAGUUAUACUGAUUUUUCUGCCGGUCUCAUUGCUGGUCAAUGUAGGUGUAAAUUAAACGUGGAAGGAGAACAUUGUGAUGUUUGCAAAGAAGGCUUCUAUGACUUAAGUGCUGAAGAUCCAUUUGGUUGUAAAUCUUGUGCUUGCAAUCCUCUGGGAACAAUUCCAGGCGGGAAUCCCUGUGAUUUCGAGACGGGACACUGCUACUGCAAGCGUCUGGUGAUGGGACAGCAUUGUGACCAGUGCCUGCCAGAGCACUGGGGUUUAAGCAAUGAUUUGGAUGGAUGUCGACCUUGUGACUGUGACAUUGGGGGAGCAUUGAACAAUAGUUGCUCUGCAGAGUCAGGCCAGUGCUCCUGUCGGCCUCACAUGAUCGGACGUCAAUGUAAUGACGUGGAAUCUGGCUACUACUUCACCACCUUGGAUCACUACCUGUAUGAAGCAGAAGGAGCCAACUUGGGACCUGGAGUCAGCAUAGUGGAACGACAGUAUAUCCAGGACAGGAUUCCUUCCUGGACUGGAGCUGGCUUCGUCCGAGUGCCCGAAGGGGGUUAUUUGGAGUUUUUCAUUGACAACAUACCGUAUUCCAUGGAGUACGACAUCCUCAUUCGCUAUGAACCACAGCUCCCCGACCACUGGGAAAAAGCUGUCAUCACAGUGCAGCGACCUGGAAAGAUUCCAACCAGCAGCCGAUGUGGUAAUACUGUUCCCGAUGAUGACAACCAGGUGGUGUCGUUAUCACCAGGCUCGAGAUAUGUCGUCCUUCCUCACCCAGUGUGCUUUGAGAAGGGUAUGAACUACACAGUGAGGUUGGAGCUGCCUCAGUACACCUCCUCGGAUAUCGAUGUGGAGAGCCCCUACACGCUGAUCGAUUCUCUUGUUCUCAUGCCAUACUGUAAAUCCCUGGACAUGUUCACCACAGGAGGUUCAGGAGAUGGGUUGGUCACCAACAGUGCCUGGGAAACCUUUCAGAGAUACCGAUGUCUGGAGAACAGCAGAAGCGUUGUGAAAACGCCGAUGACAGACGUUUGCAGAAACAUAAUCUUUAGCAUUUCUGCCUUGCUACACCAGAGGGGCCUGGCUUGUGAAUGCGACCCUCAGGGUUCAUUAAGUUCUGUGUGUGACCCCAAUGGAGGCCAGUGCCAGUGCCGGCCAAACGUGGUUGGAAGAACCUGCGACAGAUGUGCACCUGGAACAUUUGGCUUUGGCCCCAGUGGAUGCAAACCUUGUGAGUGCCAUCUGCAAGGAUCUGUCAAUGCCUUCUGUGAUCCUGUCACUGGACAGUGCCACUGUUUCCAGGGAGUGUACGCUCGACAGUGUGACCGGUGCUUACCUGGGCACUGGGGCUUUCCUAGUUGCCAGCCCUGCCAGUGCAAUGGCCAUGCAGAUGACUGCGACUCGGUGACAGGGGAGUGCUUGAGCUGCCAGGACUAUACCACGGGUCAUAACUGUGAGAGGUGCUUGGCUGGUUACUAUGGCGACCCCAUCAUUGGGUCUGGAGAUCACUGCCGCCCUUGCCCUUGCCCAGAUGGUCCUGACAGUGGACGCCAGUUUGCCAGGAGCUGUUAUCAAGAUCCUGUUACUUUACAGCUUGCGUGUGUUUGUGAUCCUGGAUAUACUGGCUCCAGAUGUGACGAAUGUGCCUCAGGAUUCUUUGGCAAUCCCUCGGAUGUGGGAGGGUCAUGUCAGCCUUGCCAGUGUCACCACAACAUUGACAUGACAGAUCCAGAAGCCUGUGACAAGGAGACUGGAAGGUGCCUCAAGUGCCUGUACCACACGGAGGGGAAUCAUUGCCAGCACUGCCGAUACGGGUACUAUGGUGACGCCCUCCGGCAGGAUUGUCGCAAGUGUGUCUGCAAUUACCUGGGCACCGUGCAGGACCACUGUAAUGGCUCUGACUGCCAGUGUGACAAAGCCACUGGUCAGUGCUUAUGUCUUCCUAAUGUGAUUGGGCAGAACUGUGACCGCUGUGCACCCAAUACCUGGCAGCUGGCCAGUGGCACUGGGUGUGACCCAUGCAACUGCAACACCGCUCAUUCCUUUGGACCAUCUUGUAAUGAGUUCACGGGGCAGUGCCAGUGCAUGCCUGGGUUUGGAGGCCGCACCUGCAGCGAGUGCCAGGAGCUCUUCUGGGGAGACCCCGACGUGGAGUGCCGAGCCUGUGACUGUGACCCCAGGGGCAUUGAGACGCCGCAGUGUGACCAAUCCACCGGCCAGUGUGUCUGCGUGGAGGGUGUCGAGGGUCCACGCUGUGACAAGUGCACACGAGGGUACUCGGGAGUCUUCCCUGACUGCACACCCUGCCACCAGUGCUUUGCUCUCUGGGAUGUGAUCAUUGCCGAGUUGACAAACAGGACCCACAAAUUCCUGGAGAAAGCCAAGGCCUUGAAGAUCAGUGGUGUGAUCGGGCCUUACCGGGAGACUAUGGACUUGGUGGAGAAGAAAGUGAACGAGAUAAAAGACAUCCUGGCACAGAGCCCAGCAGCAGAGCCACUGAAAAACAUUGGGAUUCUCUUUGAGGAAGCGGAGAAACUAACCAAAGAUGUUUCAGAAAAGAUGGCUCAAAUAGAAGUGAAAUUAUCUGACACAGCUUCCCAAAGCAACAGCACAGCCAAAGAACUGGAUUCUCUACAGACAGAGGCAGAAAGCUUAGACAACACUGUAAAAGAACUUGCUGAACAAUUGGAAUUUAUCAAAAACUCAGAUAUUCGGGGCGCCUUGGAUAGCAUCACCAAGUAUUUCCAGAUGUCUCUUGAGGCGGAGGAAAGGGUGAACGCCUCCACCACAGAACCCAACAGCACCGUGGAGCAGUCAGCUCUCACGAGAGACAGAGUCGAAGACUUGAUGUUGGAGCGAGAGUCUCAGUUCAGGGAAAAGCAAGAGGAACAGGCUCGCCUUCUUGAUGAACUGGCAGGCAAACUACAGAGCCUAGACCUUUCAGCUGCUGCCGAGAUGACCUGUGGAACGCCUCCAGGGGCCUCCUGUUCUGAGACUGACUGUGGCGGCCCGAACUGCAGAACCGACGAAGGACAGAAGAAGUGUGGGGGGCCUGGCUGUGGUGGUCUGGUCACGGUUGCACACAGUGCCUGGCAGAAAGCCAUGGACUUUGACCAAGAUGUCCUGAGUGCCCUGGCUGAAGUGGAACAGCUCUCCAAGAUGGUCUCUGAAGCAAAACUGAGGGCAGAUGAGGCAAAACAGAAUGCUCAGGAUGUUCUGCUGAAGACAAAUGCUACGAAGGCAAAAGUAGACAAGAGCAAUGAGGGUCUAAGAAAUCUGAUCAAGGAAAUCAGAAACUUUUUGACCCAGGACAGUGCUGAUUUGGACAGCAUUGAAGCAGUUGCUAAUGAAGUAUUGAAAAUGGAAAUGCCUAGCACCCCAGAGCAAUUACAGACCUUGACAGAAGACAUACGGGAACGAGUCGAAAGCCUUUCUCAAGUAGAGGUUAUCCUCCAGCAAAGUGCUACAGACAUUGCCAGAGCUGAGAUGUUGUUAGAAGAAGCUAAAAGAGCCAGCAAAAGUGCAACAGAUGUUAAAGUCACUGCAGAUAUGGUAAAGGAAGCUCUGGAAGAAGCAGAAAAGGCCCAGAUUGCAGCAGAGAAGGCAAUCAAACAAGCAGAUGAAGACAUCCAAGGAACCCAGAACCUCCUAACUUCGAUUGAGUCUGAAACAGCAGCUUCAGAGGAAACCUUGUUCAACGCCUCCCAGCGCAUCAGCGAGCUAGAGCGGAAUGUGGAAGAACUUAAGCGGAAGACUGCCCAGAACUCUGGAGAAGCAGAAUAUAUAGAAAAAGUAGUGUAUACUGUGAAACAAAGUACAGAAGAUGUCAAGAAGACUCUGGAUGGUGAACUUGACGAAAAGUAUAAGAAGGUAGAAAAUUUAAUUGCCAAAAAAACCGAAGAGUCAGCUGAUGCAAGAAGGAAAGCUGAAAUGCUCCAGAAUGAAGCAAAAACACUUCUAGCUCAAGCAAACAGCAAGCUGCAACUGCUCAAAGAUUUAGAAAGAAAAUAUGAGGACAAUCAAAAGUAUUUGGAAGAUAAAGCUCAAGAAUUAGUGAGACUGGAAGAAGAAGUCCGCUCACUCCUGAAGGAUAUAAGCCAGAAGGUUGCCGUUUAUAGCACAUGCUUAUAACAAAGGAGAAAAGGCUAUAAGUAUGAUACGGCUGAGGUGACCAAAGUGAAACAGCUGUAUUUUAAAAAGUGACUAAUGACUUCAAAAUAAACUCAUUACCUAUUUAAUGUUUUUAAUCACCAAAUUUUGUAUGGCGUUAAAUAAAAUACAGUGCUUUUGUAU